GGUGCCGGCCGGCCCGGGCUGCUGCUUGCAAGCUCUCCUUCGGGCAGGAGGCGCAGCAGCCUGGCGCAGCCCCCGGGAGGGUGUGUCCUUGCUCGCCCACCCUCCUGCUCUGGGGGCGGAGGGAGGAGGAACCAGCAGCGGCAGGAGGAAGUGGAGGCGGCUCGGAAUAGCGGGCAAAUGGAGACGUGAGAGGCAGCAGCAGCAGCGGGGGAAGGAAGCGAGCUGGUCUCAGGAUCCCUGGGCGUGCAGCCCGACGGCCACUGGGGCUCGCCUCGGCAGCCUGGGGCAGAGCCUUGCUCGGGGCUCCGCUGCUGCCUGGGGGGUGCUGCCUGCUCGGAGAGCCGCGGCGUUGUGCCUGCUCUGCGCGCUGCUCCAUUGGCUCACGGAGGAGGAUUUCAGAAGAGUUCCUUGCACCCCAAGGACUGAAUGACAUCCCUCUAGAGACUUCUUUUUUGGGGCGGAGGAAGGCACCUGAGUACCAAGCUGCUGCAUCUUGUGUAUAAGGCUUUUCUUUUUCCUCCUUUAAAAAUAACCCUCACCCCCACUCCGCUGGAGGGUAAGGGAAGAUGCAGACCUUUCUGAAAGGGAAAAGAGUUGGUUAUUGGUUGAGUGAAAAGAAGAUCAAGAAGCUGAAUUUUCAGGCCUUUGCAGAGCUCUGCAGGAAAAGAGGAAUAGAAGUCAUACAGCUUGACCUGACCAAACCAAUUGAAGAUCAGGGCCCAUUGGACGUGAUCAUACAUAAACUGACAGAUGUCAUCCUUGAAGCAGACCAAAAUGACAGCCAGUCGUUGGAAUUGGUUUACAGGUUCCAGGAGUAUAUCGAUGCUCACCCUGAGACUAUCAUCCUGGACCCCCUUCCUGCUAUCCGGACACUGCUGGACCGAUCCAAGUCUUAUGAGCUUAUUCGGCGAAUAGAGGCCUACAUGCAAGAUGAGAGGAUCUGUUCACCACCCUUUAUGGAGCUGACAAGCGCCUGUGGAGAAGACACCUUGCAGGUCAUAGAGAAGAAUGGACUAACAUUCCCAUUCAUUUGUAAAACCAGAGUGGCCCAUGGAACCAACUCUCAUGAGAUGGCAAUCAUAUUCAACCAGGAAGGCCUGAAGGCCAUCCAGCCCCCCUGCGUGAUUCAGAGCUUCAUCAAUCACAAUGCUGCGCUGUAUAAAGUGUUUGUGGUCGGGGAAUCCUACACUGUGGUAAAAAGACCAUCUUUAAAGAACUUCUCGGCAGGCAUUUCAGAUAGAGAAUCAAUAUUUUUCAACAGCCACAAUGUGUCGAAGCCAGAAUCCUCCUCUGUCUUAACAGCACUUGAUAAAAUCGAAGGUGUGUUUGAACGGCCAAAUGACGACGUCAUCCGGGAGAUCUCCAAGGCACUGAGACAGGCUCUGGGGGUUUCCCUCUUUGGGAUUGACAUUAUCAUUAACAAUCAGACCGGCCAGCAUGCAGUCAUUGAUAUCAAUGCAUUCCCAGGUUAUGAGGGUGUUGCAGAGUUCUUCACAGACCUCCUGAACCACAUAGCUGCUGUCCUGCAGGGCCAGACACCAGAGGUGACCCAGCUAAACCUCAGCAAACUCCUGGCUGAGCAGACCGGCGGCAUGGUAGGGGAGCGGACAUGCUGUGCUAGUACAGGCUGCCGAAGCGUGGUGGGAAAAGACUCCUCCUGGAUUGUGGAAAGUGAGACCAACAGCUCAGUAAAGCUGCAGCACCAGAGACUAGGCUGCAACUCUGCAGUGUCCCCCAGCUUUCAGCAGCACUGCGUUGCCACGUUGGCAACAAAAGCUUCCUCUCAAUAGCCAGACAACACCGUGGACUGAGGAAAAGCCGUGGGGAGUCAAAUCACGGUCCUAGAAUCAGAGCAGGCUGUAACAAAUUUCUAUUGAUUUAACACGAUUUGUUGAUGAAAUUAUCUGAAAAGGAGUGGGGAAGAAAAAUUAUCUGGAUACAUUUCAUCAGAUUCCAGUUGCAAAUCUGUAGUGAGCUUGCACAUGCUUGUGUUUUUAACACUAGACCUUAAUGUGGGAGGGUUGCUUUUGCGUUUUGUUUUAGAUUUUGUUUGUAAUCACCAGUGACCAGCAUUUUAAAAUCAGACCUCAUGGAACCAGAAAGAAUUAUAGUUGACAUGGCGUGCUUGACAAUGCUAGAGAUUUUCACUUUUCCAGAGAACUUCCCAUUCCCUCUUUCCAGCUGGACCCUUGAAAAGAACAUUUUAAAAAAGCUUCAGUAUCAGCAGAACCGGUGUGCCCAGAGCUUCAUUGGCAACUUGCUGAGGGCAGUAGGGCUGCACCUUAUUUGAUGGAUCAAAACAUACUGCAGCUGCCCUCCUGUUUAAAACUGAGGUGGAGGCUGCAGUUCCAACUCUAGGGUUCUCUUCCUUGAAACGAGUUGUUUAAGAUAAAGGAAGCUUCAAAUUGUAUUUGGCCACAAGAAUGCUACCAUGGCAGUAAAGAAUCUUUUCUGAUCCAGCAAGGCUUGAGUUUUAAAAGCAAAGGGUGCAUACUAUUAGUGGGAGCUGGAUGUCUUGGUAGAUAAAACACUGCUCUUUGUACUUUUGGCUGCCCAUAAGACCCUAAAGCUUAUUCUUUAGCCGAGAAAAUAAUUGUCCUUCCAUUUCACUCAGACAAAGUGUAGGAACACUUUUGCUAGAGGGCUAGCAAACGGAUCCACUUCUACUUUCACAGAAUAGUACACCAGCCGUGCACAUCCUGUAAAUACAUGUGUAAUUCACAUUUGUAGCCACUAUUCUCCAUUAAUACAUGGCUAUGCAUAAAUCAUUGCUCUCAACAGUGAUUGAACAGGAGCAAAAUUGGAGUGAGCAGGGUUUUGUGUAAGUUAGUGAUUUAUCACAGUUUUUCUGAUAUAGAGACUGUUACUAUCUGGGACUGCCAGAGGAGGCUAGGCAGGUAAAUUACAAGAGUAGUGAGUGGGUGUACUCGUUUGUGAACUAUAGCAUAGUCUGAUCAUACAUUACAGUUGAGAUACCGUAGCAAAACUAAAAUGUAUGUUCUCUUCCUGCAACAUGGCAGCAUCUUCUAUCCUUUUAAAUUUCCUGCAGCUUUUGUCAAUCGUAAACACUAAAUCGGAAGUAACUGAAUCAGUCAAUGCUGUAAAAGCAGGUUUCUAGCGUACAGAUUAUUUUUGUGGGGCUCAUGGCCUUUCCAUCUUUAAGAAAUCCCUAAAAUAUGUUCACAGAGAUGCUACUAUGAAAGCUUCACCUUAGUUAAGCUCUGGGAUGUGACAAUUCCAUGUUUUCCUAUGUGAACCAUUUAUAGAGCAUGCAUCACCAUAACACCAUAGCGUCAGUUAUUCUAGUAUCUGAUAGCCAGUGUGGAGGGAAGGAGCAGGUAGGGGAUGUAACACAACCUUAAGAUAGUGGAGGUAGCCAGAGCAGGAAGACGGGAGGGAGGAGUGAGCCAAACCAUUUGAAAAAUGCUCGCUACCAUAUGAUGGUGGCCAUCCCUCAUGGAGAAGUCCUAUAGGGACCUGUAAAAAUCACUCUUAACCUUUCUAUAGGGUUUUAUUAGGGGAGAGGCUAUCCAUUUCUGUUAAAUUCUACAAGACUGUUCCAUAAGGAAUGUCAUUUGUCUUUGGGAUUUCAGAGUCAGAUUUGUAUGAAACACGAAUACAGCAAAGUUCCUGGAUUUGUGUGCAAAUCCAUUCUGAAUUGGGCACCUGUCAUAACCCUAGUAUGCAUUGAGGCUGCUGAAUAAUUGCUUAAUCCCAUCAUUUACUGCAUGUUGUAGGUCCCAGGUGGCAGGGGUGGGAGUGAGGAGGACAACCGUAGUUAUGGACUUAAAACAAUGUUCAUGAUUGACCAAACCUUUCCUAGAGCCAAGACUGAAAUAAAAUAGGCAUCUAAAGAGUUUUUCUGAGAUCUUUUUUUGUUUCAAGUAAAACAAAGAUGCCCUCAGGAAGGAACCCACCAGUGUGUAUUUUUGUAUGGUACUCUUGUGUAACUGGUGGGUGGAAUGUUUAUAGAUUUGCCAUUUGCUUCCUUUAUUAAAAUGGAAAAAAUUUAAUGGGUGGUGGUGGGAGGAAAAGAGGCGAUGCUUAAUAUGGUUUAGUAACACGAGACCUUUCAAACUAACUGUGUUUACGUGAAUCAGAGUGUUGGAUCCAGUUAAAAAUGUCUGUAUGCUGUUUCCUAGUUAUAACAUUGAAUAAGAAUUUAUUUUCCCUGGCUACCUUCUGAAUUUUGGUUGGCCUAUUUUGCACUGCUUUAUUUCUCCAAAAUAAACUACUGAAAUACAA